AUGGCCAGUUCAUCGCCUUCGAAGGGAAUCAAAAGAGACAGAGACGGGAUGAAUGUAGACGGCAGCCACCAGCUCUCAAAUACCAAGGAAUCAUUUCUCAAUAAAUUCUACGUCUCCUUUGUCAACGACGCAAUCGAGAAGAAGAAGGAGGGAGAAAGCGGUCCAUACGAAGAAUUGAUAUCGCAAUUCACUUCAACCGGCGUACACGAGUACGACAAGCUCAAACCGUGGCUGGAUGCACUCGCUAAUGUCAUUUCUCACCUGGAUAAAUCUCAUCUUCCGCUUGUUGAAGCUAUUAUGUCCCUUGCUUGGACUAUUAGUAGCCCUUCAUUUGUGUCCACUUACAUGGCAUUCGUCUCAAUGCUGAUUAGUGCACACCCUCAAUACACAAAGCUCUUACUCGCUAAAGUUAUCAAAGGCUUGACUCAUCAAGCUGGCUCAAAGGCGUUAGAGAAUGUUGAACAUGUGCCUGAAAAUGAACGACUCACCAGGCGCAUUGUAUUCGACCGCUUACACGGCCUACUCAACAAGCUUCUCGACCUUGUCCCUACCCUUCCCUCCCUCCUACAGCCAAUCCUUAUCAGACACUUUCCCCACAAACGCGAAAAUAAAGUUCAACAAGUUACUUACAUGAGAAAUUUACUUUCAAUUAUCAGCUACUGUCCUGCUUUGACCGAUGAAAUCUUCGGCUUGAUUAUUGACAGGACUAUUCAGAUCGACGUAGAAAUUCAAGUAGAGCUAGACGAUCUGGAUGAGGAGCUUGAAGAUGAGACGGAAGCAAUCUUCGAGAACGAGCCUGAUAUCUUUGAAAGAUCCGUCGAUCGCACUUACUCAGACGAAGAGUCCAGCGAUGAUUCAGACGACGAGUUUGGCUUUUUGUCUGAUCUCUCGUCUGACGAUGGACUCAGCGAUAACGGUAGCCAGGAAGCACCUAUGCAAGUUUCAGCCAUUAAAGACCUUGUGCAAAAGUUAGACGGAAUGCUCUAUAUGAUCUUUGAAUACCUCGACAAAUCGGUUAGAAACCAGGAAGUUCAACUUGAUCAGUUCUCCACAUUGUUAAGCGUUUUCGAGCGUACAAUCCUGCCAACAUUCAGAUCGAGAUACACACAGUUCAUCCUAUUCAAAUACUCUUCGUACAAUGCGCAUUUUGCCGAUAUCUUCCAGGGCAUGCUCCUAAGCAAAGCUAUGUUUCAAAACGAAGAGCCGUCAGUAACUAGAGUGGUUGCUGCUUCCUACCUUGCCAGCUAUGUUAGUCGGGCAAAAUUUAUCGAUGCCAAUGCAACAAAGCAUGUCGUCGGAUUAAUGUGCGAUUAUAUAGCAAACGAGCUCGACAACAUCCCCCAACCCAUAACAAAUUUCAGGCUAAACACAUACAGUGUUUGGUAUGCGAUAGUGCAAGCUGUUUUUUAUAUCUUCUGUUUCCGCUGGAGGGAUUUAAUGUUAGCGAAUGACGACGAGACAGUAUUUGAUCAUGCAGAAGCGCUGCCUACUGGAUCAAAGACAUGGAUAUCAGGCUUAGAUGUUCUACAACGCGCUAUACUCAGCCCUCUCAAUCCACUCAAAGUUUGUGCAUCAACCGUUGUAAAUCAAUUCGCAAAAGUAUCCCAGUUUGCAGGAUUUCUGUAUUGCCACUCAAUAAUUGAAAGCAACAAGCGGUCUGAUGUGACGCCUGCUACAAUGGCCUCGUUGACUUCGUCUUUGCUCGGAGUCACGCCAGGGCAAAACGCCGAGAGUCAGCAAAAAGACACGCAAACGAGAUCACUGGCAGUGACCAAAAACAAUGGUUCCGAGAUAGAGCUCGAUUCUUUCUUUCCGUUCGACCCUUACCGCCUCCCGCGAACGCAAAAGUUUAUAGAUGAUAUAUACAGGAACUGGGACGAAGUAGCUAUCAACACAGGCGAGGAAGACGAAAGCGAUGAAGAAAGUGAGCAAAUGUCUAAAUCGAACCCCUCGCAGUCACUUGGAAAGUCACUUGAUGCCAUGUCUAUAAGCCCGAUAAGAGACGGAGGAGUGCUGUCAAUGUAUAGAUAA